AUGGGCGAGCCCGGGCUGGAGCGUCGUGCUGGUUGCAAGCGUGCUCGGAGAACAACGGCGGUGUCGAUCGCCAUGAGAGCUGUGCUGGUGCUGCUGAUGGGUGCGCCUCACAUCCCAACACUCGACGCUCUCAAGCUCUCGUCGAUCAGCGAGGAACGUGGGCACCUGGGCGUGGGGCUACUGCGCGCUGUGGAGGUGGUGCGGGGCCGCUACGAGCGUGCCUGGACGCUCGUCUCUGCCUCCGAGCCUACCGCUGAGGACCUCGACACCGCGCUGGAGUUGCUACAGGAGAACGCCAAGCAGUGGGAGAGUCUCGAGCCCGCGGUGAAGCUCUGGACGGAGCGAGACAACGACGAGCCUCCGCGGCGCAACAGCAUCAGCGGAAGCGGUUCAGCGGCGCUAGCCCGCUCCGGCAACACGGACAGAGGGAUCCAAGAGCUAGAGCUCGCGUGCCCGGAGAUCUUGGAGUACCAGCAGAACGCCCAGGGCAGACGCGACAGCAAAAGCUGGCUGCACUGCUACGCGAACCUGGCCGAGAUGUACAAGACGCAGAAGCGUUUCGAAGAAGCGUCGAGCCUGCUGGCCAGGAUGCCGUGGCUGCCGAGCCCUCAGGGGACAACGGCGGCGGCGGCCGGUGGCGAAAACGCCUCCUCCUCUUCGGAAACCCCUCCCGAAGACAACGGCGUCCCGUCCGCACCCCUCGGCGACGGCCGUGGCGGUGCCGAUCGCGGACCCCGGGCAGACGGUAGCGGCGACGGAGGCGUGUCUGACGGGGGCGUGGACCCUGAAACUUCCCCGCCCGGCGAAGGCGAGGGGGCGGCGGCGGCUGUAGACUCCGUAACGAAUGCUACCCCGUCCUCCUCUAAGGGAUCAGGCGGCCGGUCGGAUGCCCCCCCUCCCCGCGGUGCCGGCGCGGCCAGGGUGGCGGGGCUCAACAAGGCGGCGGCGGCGGCGUCCGCGGCCGCUGCGGCGGAGUCAGCGGCGGCGGCGGCGGCGGCGGUCGAGACCGGGGCGGAGGCGGCGGCGCGAGCGGUGGUGGAGCGCCACGCCGAGGCCAUGCGGGCCAGCAUGAACGAGCUCGUCGGGGAGCUGGUGAUGACCACGGCCACGAGGCCGUCGGCGACCCAGGAAUGGCUGGACUCUCGCGUCGUGGCUGCGGAGGAGAUUCUGGCUGCGGUUCGAUCCGGUUUGCUAGCGGUAACGGUUGCAAGUUCUGAACAAGCUGCAAGCGGAGGUGGGAACGCGGCUGCCGCUGACGCCGCCGGGGUUGACGAUGUUCCUGCCAUGGUCGUCGGUGCUGCCGGUCACGCGGACAUCCUGCGGGAGGCCAGUCACUACCUUUCCGCCGUCAAGGGAGUGGCGGCACAGGGAUGGGCGUACGUGGACAACGAGCUGCACCGGAUGGAGAGACAUCCUGCGCAGCCCGUGAAGUCGGGAUUCCAGUCCCGCCGCGAGGUGAUCCAUAGGUUCCGAUACCUGCUGAUGAAAGCUCGUCAGUACGCUUCGGAGAACCAGACACAGACGACCAGGGGAGGCUCCGGGUCUUCGUCCCAAGCGGGCUCGGGCUCGGGAUCCCGUUGGCGCCGCAAGGAUAGGGGUCGGAAGGCGUCCGCGAGCUCCAAGGCUCCUCGCAACGGUAGCGCAGCCCGCGGCAAGCACGGGUCCGGCUCCGACUCGUCAAAUGGCGAAGGCGACGACGGCGUCUUGACCCUCUUCAUCGGCGCCGGUAUUGCGCUCUUCGUCGCGGCGGUGUCGUCCGGGGGCCGCGGCGGGGGGCAGGGCGGACGACGCCGGGAGGUGGUGCGGCAGCGCACGGCGACGCGGGCGGCCAAGACCGUGGGCUCGUACGUGGAGCCGCCGCAGCGGACCGCGGCCGCCGCCCUCCUGCUGCACCUGUGGGGUAACCUCAAGAGAGAUUCAGAGCUGCCAGGGAUUCCGCCAAGUCUAGAAGGGCGAUCGGCGGCGGUGGCGGUAAGGCCCCGACAACGUCGUUGA